AUGGCAAGAAUGGAGCCGGUAUUCAAGUCAAAGAAAAAAGCUGCUGUAUUUGUUGGUCGACACUAAUGUUUGCCGAUGCUAGAUAGCGACGGACAAGUGGAUGAACCGAGGCAGCAGCGGUAGAGACGGUUCAGGUGGCGGCUUCAAGGAGACUGCUGUGAUGCUACGUAGGCAACUGGAAGAAAAGGGCUUUUCUACCAUGAGAGAGUGUGUGUGAACCCGGUUGUCUGGAGAUACAGGAGCUCUGCCUGUCCAAUUUUUUGUUUAUAUUAUAUUUUUUUUCUCAUUGUUUGAUAGAUCUGCCGUUUUGUGUUUGUUGGCUUCUCUCUCUUUUUUUUUUUUUUUUUUUUUAAAGAAACUGCUUAUGAUACAGUGAGGAUACACAGCGGACUGGUGAAGUUUUGGGGAAUGGCAGGUCGAAGCCGAAGAGCAUGGUUUAGUGUUCUGCUGGGACUGGUGGUCGGGUUCACACUGGCUUCCAGGCUAAUUUUACCCAAAGCGACCGAGUUGAAGAAAGCUGGUCAGAAACGAAAAGCAAGCCCUGCCGGUUGUGGGUUGAACGGGGUUCUCCGAAAGGAGUACGGCGGAGUAUUAUGGCCGCCGCAAAAUAACGGUUUACCGGCGACCGAGAAACCUGGUUCCAGGUCCAAUCAUUUCCUGUUCGUUGGUGUCAUGACUGCCCAGAAGUAUCUGAACAGCCGAGCCGUGGCGGCGCACAGGACAUGGGCACAGACAAUUCCAGGCCAUGUUGAGUUCUUCUCGAGUGAAGGCUCUGACACCUCCAUACCCAUUCCCAUAAUGGCUCUGAGGAAUGUGGACGACUCGUAUCCACCACAGAAGAAGUCCUUCAUGAUGCUCAAAUACAUGCAUGACCACUACCUGGACAAGUAUGAGUGGUUCAUGAGGGCGGAUGAUGACGUCUACAUCAAGAGCGGGAAGCUUGAGAGUUUCCUGCGCAGCCUUAAUAGCAGUGAGGCAAUCUUCCUGGGUCAAACAGGCAUGGGCGCCCGGGACGAACUGGGGAAACUGGCCUUAGAGCCUGGGGAGAACUUCUGCAUGGGGGGGCCAGGUGUCAUCAUGAGCCGUGAGGUCCUCAAGAGAAUGGUGCCUCACAUCCGAGAGUGUCUACAGGAGAUGUACACCACUCAUGAGGAUGUUGAGGUGGGCCGCUGUGUCAGAAGGUUUGCGGGAGUCCAGUGUGUCUGGUCGUAUGAGAUGCAGCAGCUUUUCUAUGAGAACUAUGAACCAAAUAAGAAGGGCUACAUACGAGAUCUCCACAAUAGCAAGAUCCAUCGAGCCAUCACCCUCCACCCCAACAAGAACCCUCCCUACCAGUAUCGCCUACACAGCUACAUGCUCAGCCGCAAGAUUGCAGACCUGCGCCACCGAACCAUUCAGCUUCACCGGGAGAUCGUCCAGAUGGGGCGCUAUGGAGCAGCUGAGCCUAGCAGAGAAGACCUCCAGCUUGGUAUGCCACCCUCAUUUAUGCGCUUCCACCCGCGGCAGAGAGAGGAGGUCUUGGAGUGGGAGUUCCUUACAGGCAAAUACUUGUUCUCAUCGUCUGACGGGCAGCCACCCCGCCGUGGGAUGGAUUCCUCCCAGAGGCAAGCCCUGGAUGACAUCAUCAUGCAGGUGAUGGAGAUGAUCAAUGCCAAUGCAAAGACACGGGGGCGGGUCAUUGAUUUCAAAGAAAUCCAGUAUGGCUACCGGAGGGUCAAUCCUUUAUAUGGGGCGGAGUAUGUGCUAGAUCUGUUGUUACUAUACAAGAAGCACAAAGGAAAGACAAUGACAGUACCUGUGAGGAGGCAUGCAUACCUGCAGCAGACCUUCAGCCAGAUCCAGUUCAGAGAGGAGGAAGAGAUGGAUGCCAGAGCCCUGGCCAGCCACAUCAACAAAGAGUCGGACUCCCUUUCAUUCUUGUCCAACUCCCUCAAGAUGCUGGUGCCAUUCAAACUUGCCACAUCUGGCCAGGAACAGAGGGAACCAAAAGAGAAGAAAGUCAACAUCUUGGUACCUCUGUCAGGACGAUAUGACAUCUUUGUGCGCUUCAUGGCCAACUUUGAAAGAGUUUGUCUGAUGCCCAACCAGAAUGUCAAAUUGCUGAUCCUGCUCUUCAGUACAGACAACAACACUGAGCGGGUUAAGCAGGUGGAGCUGAUGAGGGAGUAUCACAUGAAAUAUCCCCGGGCUGAGAUGGAGAUAAAGCCCGUCGCUGGCUCCUUCUCCAGGGCUCUGGCUUUAGAAGUGGGGUCAUCACAUUUCAGUAAUGAUUCACUGCUCUUCUACUGUGAUGUGGACCUGCUCUUCACCAGCGACUUCCUCAAGCGCUGCCGGGCCAAUACCGCUCUUGGGGCACAGACCUAUUUCCCCAUCAUCUUCAGCCAGUACGACCCAAAAGUGGUGUAUGCAGGGAAGGUCCCCAGCAACAACCACUACGUCUUCACCUCCAAGACAGGCCUGUGGAGGAACUACGGCUUUGGGAUCGUCUGUGUCUACAAAGGGGACUUGGUUAGCGCUGGAGGCUUUGACACCUCCAUACAGGGGUGGGGAUUGGAGGAUGUGGACCUCUUUAAUAAAUUUGUCCAGUCAGGGGUUAAGUUGUUCAGAAGCACAGACACAGGGAUAGUGCAUGUCCACCACCCAGUCAUAUGUGAUCCCAACCUGGAGGCAAAGCAAUAUAAGAUGUGCCUGGGCUCCAAAGCCUCGUCGCACGGCUCCACCCAACAGCUGGCCGAGCUCUGGCUGGAGAAGAACGACCACGGCUUCGGGAGACUGGCCAGCAAUAACGGCUCAGUUAGGACAGCGUGAGAAAUGCCAGGCUGCAGACUGUCGUAACCUGGUCUGGUCCUCUCCUCCUCUUCUUAGUGGUGUUUUCACUACCUAAUUUAUUUUUUACUGAAAUGAAAGACUUCACAUGGAUAUAUUUUGAUUUUUUAAAGAGCAUAUACAGAAACCCCAUGAUGAAUAAUUUGUAGAGACAUGUUUUGAUUAAUGAUAGAGGGACUAUUGAAUAUUCUUCAGUGAGCCUGAUUAAGGGCCUUAGGCCCCUCUCGUCUGUUAGAUAUUAUCUGUAAGGACAGUGGGAGGAGGGGAGGUAGGGGUAAUUAACCCCUACCUCAGUGAAGUAUACCAUCAUUCCAUAAUAUUCCAUUUGUCUUGUGUGCAGAAAACCAACUGGUGUCCAUGUACUCUCUGACCAGCAGUUCUUGAAAUAAACUCCCGAUCGUGAAUGUUUACAAAAGACUGAUUCUAAACAACAUUUCAUCAUUGAAAAGUCAAAUCACAGCUAUCUUAAUGAUUACUAAGGGCCAUUUAAUUUGAGUUCUUUGAUUUACAAUGUUUUUUCUUUUCUGUUUGUUGUUAUGGUUUUGGUAAUAAGACAUAACACUGUCACUGUCUGUCUCUACAGGAUUUUUUUUGUAUUUUUCUAUUAAUUUCUGUGAACCCAACUGCUGGAUUUGAUAUCUGCAAAUCAUCUUUUGCUGUCUAAUUUAUUACAUUUGCAG